AAUAUAAAAUAAUAGUACACGUGUACAUUUUGGCAUAAAAAAUAAUGAAAAACUAUUAUACAUGUAUUUAAUUGUUUUUUCUUAAAAAUUGUAAUAUUGAAAAUUAUUAUAUCAAAUUUAACAUCUACAUACAUAGAAAAAGCAAAAUGUCAGUGUAUGAUAUAAUUCUGAACACAACACAAUAUUAACGAAUGAAAGCAUAUGUUAAAGUGAUUGAGAUUUAAAUAAUUACUACGAUAUCAAAAUAUUGAUCAUAAAUCAUUGAUUCAGCAAUAAAGUGACCUUAUUGAUUUUUGAUUAUACGUUUAUUCAACUAAUUUAACAUCGCGAAAAAAAACUAUAAAAUUUUAACAUGGAAGAAAUAAAUGAUACAGAACUACUUGAUAAUAGGUUUUAUAAAGCUUCUGAAAAAUAUUGGGAUCGUAUUCCUCCUACUGUUGAUGGAAUGCUAGGUGGUUUUGGAUUUUUAUCAGAAAAGGAUAUAGAUGGUUCAUCACAUUUUCUAUUUUCAUUAUUUGAGGUAUAUCAUAUAGAGUUAAUAAAUCCACCAUCAAGACAAAAAGCAUUGGAUUGCGGUGCUGGAAUUGGUCGUGUAACAAAAAACUUAUUAAUAAAUCAUUUUGAAAGUGUUGAUUUAUUAGAACAGAAUCCAAAAUUUAUAGAAACUGCAAAAACGUAUUUAAGUACCUGUAUUUCAAGAGUAGACUUUCAUUGUAGUGCGCUACAAAAUUUUUAUCCAAAACCACAAAAGUAUGAUGUUAUUUGGUGCCAAUGGGUUCUAGGUUAUAUUCGUGAUGAUGAUUUAAUAGAAUUUUUCAAAAAUUGUGUGUCAGGUUUGAAAAAGAAAGGUGUAUUAGUUGUAAAAGACAAUGUAACAAGCUCCAAUGCAUUGGAGUUUGAUACAACAGAUUCUUCUGUAACAAGGCCAUAUAAAGACUUAGUAGGUAUAUUUGAGAAAGCUGGAUUGAUUUGCAUAAAAAAAAAAUUACAACGUUAUAUGCCUUCUGGUUUAUAUCCAGUUUAUAUGUUUGCUCUUAAACCAAAAAACUAAUCUGUGAAAAUAUUGAAUAAUCGAUAAUAGAAUAAUGGAUAUAAAAUAA